CAACACAAAUAACCACACACACACUCGGAUACGCAUAAACUCAAUUAAAAAAGCAAAUGUCAAAAACAGCUGCAGCGCGUAAACGAAAAUUGACAUGUGAAUGACCUGCUAGUACAGUUAUUCGUGACAGUGUGCAGCAACGCGUUGUGCAAAUGACUGUCUGCUCUGUACAUAUGUACAUGUUGGUAAUUAGUGCAAUCAGUUAAAUGACAUUUCACCAUUGUAAAUGCACGCCAAUUGAUGCUGUCAAUUAAGAGCGCGCGUGAAAGCGGACAACGACGAAAACUACCACAAAACAAAAUAGCGCGUCCGUGUGCGUGUCGCAGAACAGGGUGUUGGCGACGGCGUUAGCACGGGGGCAUGCCGCGGAAUUGCAUUUAAUACACGGAAAAAAAUACAACACUAGACAGCGUGUUGUUGUUGGGAAUUUUGUUUUUGCCAUUUCGAUAUUCUGCAGCAACGCCGAAAUUCACUUAACACCGCCAAGUUGGAAGGAAAAAAACUAUUCACGGCUGUUAAUAAUAUUUUAGCCGGUUCGAGCUUUGCCCGCGAACUCAGGCAACUAAUGACGAGAAAGACUACAGGCGUCGCGGAUGGUACGGCUGCUGGCGGGGACAGCGCGGACUCACAACAGCUUGAGGACGCUGCGCAGUACGAGCCACCAGCUGGCUACAGUUCCGAUACAACAGCAACAACAUCGCCAAAACAACAACAACGUGAGCAGCAAGCGAAUAGCAUGGCUGCCGCGAACGCGGAAGCAGCGUGCAGCGGCGGCGCGUUCUCGCUACGCCAACGACGGGUCUCCGAAUUGGUGCUGGACUCAUACAGCGGCCGUACAGCGACGACAGCAGCACAAGAUUAUGACGAUGCGGCAGCUGUUGAUCUCGAUGAGUAUGAGGAAGACGAUUACGAAGAUGGCGUGGAUGGCGAAAACGACUAUUACGACGAAUCGCCGGUGCAGCGCAGCGCUAGAUUCUUACAGCCACGUAGACAACAAAGGAAAAUCGAAUUGCCGGAGCAGGCGACGACUAGCACGGCGGCGAAAGGCGGUGUCAAAAGGCCAAAGCGACGCAUUAAGACUGCACGUCAAUUCUCGCAGCGCACCACUUCGACCGAGUCCACGGAGAGCGGCGUGCGUCCAUGCAUAUCGAAGGGUCAAAUGCGCGAAUUUCGCGAAGCAUUUCGCUUAUUCGACAAGGAUGGCGACGGCUGCAUAACGAAGGAGGAGUUGGGCACCGUAAUGCGUUCAUUGGGUCAAUUCGCGCGUGUCGAGGAAUUGCAGGAAAUGCUACAGGAAAUCGAUGUGGACGGCGAUGGCAAUGUUAGCUUUGAGGAAUUUGUGGACAUACUCUCCAACAUGACAUAUGAAGACAAAUCGGGGCUUUCCUCUGCCGAUCAAGAGGAACGUGAGUUGCGCGACGCAUUUCGUGUGUUCGACAAGCAUAAUCGUGGCUAUAUAACGGCCUCAGACCUGAGAGCAGUGCUGCAGUGCUUGGGCGAGGAUCUGGAUGAGGAAGACAUUGAGGACAUGAUAAAAGAAGUGGAUGUCGACGGCGAUGGACGCAUUGACUUUUAUGAGUUCGUGCAUGCGUUAGGCGAGCCGGAAGACUCACAAGAAAAUGAUGACGAGAAUGAGGAGGAAAAUACUACUUCACCAUUACCAACACCAAAAUCCAUUGCGUCGAUGACGUAUGACUAAGGCAUGCCGAAUUUUGACAGCUAAUGCCGAAACUGUUUAACGAAAGCUUAACUAAAAGCAAACUAAUAAGGAUAAUAAGCAACAAAACAAAAACAUA